AUGGCGGGUCUCGCCCACCCGUCCGGGACAUGUGGCGGGCCUCACCUGUCCAACCCAGGACCCGCGGUGGGCCGUGCCCGCACGUCCCGGGACCAGUGGCGGGCUUCACCCGACCAUCCCGGGACCCGCGGCGGGCCUUGCCCAUCAGUCGCGGGACCCACGGCGGGCCUUGCCCAUCAGUCGCGGGACCCGCGGCGGGCCUUGCCCAUCAGUCACGGGACCCGCGGCGGGCCUCAGCACCCGUCCCGGGACCAGAGGAGGGGCUCACCUGCCCGUCCCGGGACGCAGCAGGCUCGCAUGCCCGUCCUAGACCCACAGCGGGCCUCGCCCGCCCGUCCCGGGACCCUCAGUGGCCCUCGCCCACCAGUCCCGGGACCCACGGCGGGCCUUGCCCACCCGUCCCGGGACUCGCGGAGGGGCUUGUCUGCUCGUCCCGGGACCAGCGGCGGGCUCACACGCCUGCCCGAGAUCCACCUGGGGCCUCGCCCGCCCGUCCCGGGACCCGCGGAGGGCCUUGCCCGCCUGUCCUGGGACCUUUGGCAGUACUCGCCCACCAGUCACCGGACCCCUGGCGGGCCUCGCCUGCCCGUCCCGGGACUUGCGGCAGGCCUCACCUGGAACCAGUGGUGGGAUCUGCGACGGGCCUUGCCCCCCUGUCCCAUGACCUGCGGCGGGCCUGGCCAGCCCCGCCCAGGGCCCGCAGCGGGCCUCGCCCGUCUGUCCCGGGACCCGCGGCGCGCCACGCCUGCCCAGCCCGAGACUGGCGGAGGGCCUUACCCACCCAGCCCUGGACCCCUGGCAGGCCUCACCGCCCAUCACGGGACCGGCGGCGGGCCUCACCUGCCCGUCCCGGGACCCACAGCGGGCCUCGCCAGCCCGUCCUCGGCCCCUGGCAGGCCUUGCCUGCCUGUCCCCGGGACCUGCGACGGGCCCCAAUCGCCCGUCCCAGGACCCGCGGGGGAAAUUGCCCGCCUGUCCCGUGACCCGUGGCAGGCCCCGCCCGCCUGUCCUGGAACCUGCGGCGGGCCUCGCCCGCCCGUCCCGGGACCCGCGGCGGGCCUCGCCUGCCCGUUCCGGGACCCGCAGCGGGCCUUGUCCACCCGUUCCAGAACCCACUGCGGUCCUCACCUGCCCGGCCCGGGACCGGCGGAGCACCUUGCCCACCCGUCCUGGAACCAGUGGAAUACUUCACCCGCCUGGCCAGGGACCAGCAGCAUGCCUCGCCCGCCUGGCCAGGGACCCACGGCAGGCCCUGCCCGCCUGUCCUGGGAACCCUGGCCCGCUGUCCCUAACCCCUGGCAGGCCUCGCCCACCCAUCUCAGGACCCACGGCGGGCCUCGCUUACCUGUCCCAGGGCCCUUGGUGGGCCUCUCCCACCCGUCCUGGGACUUGCGGACACCCUCGCCCGCACGUCCCGGGACCCGCAGCGGGCCUCGCCCGCCCGUCCCGGGACCCGCGGAGGGGCUCGCCCGCCAGUCCUGGGACCAGCGGCAGGCUCGCUGGCCCGGCCCGGGAUCGGCGGCGUGCCUCAUCCGCCCGGCCCAGGACGUGCGGUGCGCCUCACCCGCCCAUACUGGGACCAGUGCCGAGACUCACCCGCCCAGCCCUGGACCCGCAGCGGGCCUCGAUAGCCCAUCCCCGGACCCCUGGCGGGCCUUGCCUGCCUGUUCCGGAACACGCAGCAGGCCUCGCCCACCCGGCCCAGGACCCGCGGCGCGCCUCGCCAGCCCAUCCCAGGACCUGUGGCAAGACUCCCCGCCCGACCUGGGAACCUUGGCGAGCCUUGCCCGCCUGUCCCGGGACAUGUGGGGCGCCUCACCCACCCCUGGAUGA